AUGUCACAACUCGACAACACCAACAUUACACUUAUUUUAGAAUAUUUAAAAACCCCUGACGAUUUUAUUUCUAUUUCUCAGGUGUCUAAAAAGGUUGCUUCGUCUUUGUCCUUACUCACAGUAACUCCAAUUCCAUUACCACCAAAACAGGUUUUAAAGUUCUUCCCAAAUGUCACGGUGAUCAAUUUGUGGAAUAAUGAGCAAUUGAAUGAAUAUAUGAAGUUCAAACAAUUUGACAUAUUAUCACAUAAAAUUCUUAAUGUGUUAUUUGAGGUUGAUUAUUCAACUGCAAAAAGUCUUCAAAGCGAAAAUAUUGUGUUUAAGAAGGUCACUUACAAUGCAACAGACCACAAAAAGUUUGGUUCGAAAUUUGAAGAAUUUGAUGUGAUUCCACAAAUUGUAGCACUUGAUGACUUGUGUUUUGAAAAUGAUAAUAAUAUCAAAGUAGUCAACAUACCACAAACAGUAACACGUCUUGGGAAAAAAUGCUUUUCAGCGUGUUCAACACUCAACUUUGUUGUUUUUCCACGACAUCUCUCUGAAAUUGGAGACGAGUGUUUCUCAAAAUGCAACAAUCUUCUUAAUAUUGAAAUACCAUCAACUGUGACGCUAUUGGGAGAGUCUGCAUUUGAAAAUUGUAAUACUUUGAAUUAUGUACGCUUCGUCAACUACGACAAAAUGCCAUCAUAUGACACCAACAUACCUUUAUUGGGAUGUCUCACAACAUUCAAACCAAAAACAUUCAAAAAUUGUAUAGAACUCAAAGUUGUACAUGUGCCAAACAGUAUUGCUUCUUUGGGAGAUCAAUGCUUUUCUAAUUGCUCAAGUUUAACUGAAAUUACUUUGCCCAAGGGUUUGAUUGAGAUUAAUUCAUUCUGUUUUGAAAAUAAUGCCUCAUUGAUUAAAGUGAACAUUCCAAUUAAUGUCAUUACAAUUGGAAAUAGUGCGUUUAAAGGAUGUGUUUCUAUUAAGAAUAUAUCUAUCAGUGGUAAUGGAAUCAUUGAUUGUGGAGAUGAUAUAUUUGAUGGAUGUAGUUCACUUAAACAAUUUAACAUUCAACAUUAA